AUGAGCCUCCUCCGGGCCGGGGUCGACAUGCUCCGCAGCUGCCCCGCGGUCAGUCUGAAAAAAAAGAGUCCCGCGCAGCCCCCCCACCCCCCGGCGCGGCGGCCGAAUCACUGUGGAUCGCCGCCGCCGCCGCCGCUGAGACUGACAAACAACCCUGCAAUGACGUCUCCCUCCGCCGCCUCCGGCUCCCUCCGCCCUCCGCCGCUACCACAGUGUAUGGAGACAACGUUACCCAAGAGGUCAUGGCAGAAUCAACAGCUUGUUUUGUUUUCUUUAAACCGGGACCAAAAAUAAUUCCUCUCUGGUUGGUUCAGUGGCUUAUCAACUCUGGUACUUGGGGCAAGAAGAGUGAGAGGAUCGCACGAUCUUCUAAGGCAGCCUUGAAUACUGAGGCCCACACAACAAUCUCCUGAAAUGGUUCCUUGAAGCUACCAAAUAGGCUUUCUGCUUUGCAGUGGGGUUUCUAGGAUUGGAAAUUCUGGGCAAACAUUAAAGGAUGAUGUAUUAUGCAGUU